CUUCAGUGACGGACUCAGGGGCUAUUUGAGCGAGCGGCUAAUUUUUAAUCUCUUCAGUCGCUCCUCCUCACUGAGUAGAAUGAGAAAUAUGUUUAGUCUUAUCGCUAACGCACUUUGCCGGAUCACGGGCCGGAAUGUGGCAGAACAGACAGUCUCUGAGCUUCUUAUCGACCUAUCAGAGUUGGUGCGCGUGUCGUCAGGCGAGACACAGAUCCGGAGACUGCCUCCUGAACCUCCUCCAGAGUUAGAGUCAGAGCCCAUAGACAACACUGCGGCUCAGGUGGUUGCUUCCCGGUCAUUUACAGAUUUCACUCCUCAAGUCACAUUCAGCAUCAAAAAAUGUGAUGUACACGGUUUGGAGGAGGGCCCUCCUGAUACCUCAGUCCUGACUCGGGACCAGGGCCUGGGCUUCUACCGGUGCAUGCAGACGAUCAGACGCAUGGAGCUAAAGGCAGAUCAACUCUACAAACAGAAAAUCAUCAGGGGAUUCUGCCACCUCUACGAUGGACAGGAGGCGUGUGCAGCAGGAAUUGAAGCAGGCAUUGAAAGAACAGACCAUGUGAUCACUGCAUACAGAGCUCAUGGUUUCACAUACACCAGAGGAGUCUCGGCCAAAGAGAUCCUCGCUGAACUCACAGGGCGUAAAGGGGGCGUGGCCAAAGGUAAAGGCGGCUCGAUGCACAUGUAUGCACCACAUUUUUACGGAGGGAACGGCAUUGUGGGAGCUCAGGUUCCUUUGGGUGCUGGUGUGGCUCUGGCCUGUCAGUAUCAAGGCAAUAAUCAGAUUUGUGUCUCGCUGUAUGGAGAUGGAGCAGCCAAUCAGGGUCAGCUGUUUGAAACGUACAACAUGGCCGCCCUGUGGAAGCUGCCAUGUGUCUUCGUCUGUGAGAAUAACAGAUACGGCAUGGGCACCGCAGUGGAGCGAGCUGCAGCCAGUACAGACUACUACAAGAGGGGAGACUACAUCCCCGGGCUCAGGGUGGAUGGGAUGGAUGUUCUGUGCGUCCGAGAGGCCACAAAAUUUGCUGCUGACCACUGUCGGUCAGGGAAGGGUCCCAUUUUGCUGGAGCUGCAGACGUACCGCUAUCAUGGACACAGCAUGAGUGACCCAGGAGUCAGUUAUCGGACACGAGAGGAGAUCCAGGAGGUACGAACCAAGAACGACCCGAUCUCGAUGCUCAAAGAACGAAUGCUCAGCAACAACAUGGCGUCUACAGAGGAGUUUAAGGAAAUCGACAUCGAGAUCAGAAAAGAGGUGGAGGAAGCAGCUCAAUUUGCGACAUCAGACCCAGAGCCCCCGCUGGACGAUCUAUGUAACUGCAUCUACCACAACAGCCCCCCAUUGGAGGUCAGAGGAACUCACCCCUGGGCCAAACUGGUCUCUGUCAGCAGUAGCUAACACUCCUUUUAAGAUAUUAAGAUUCCUACAGUCCCAAGAUGGUGGUUGGUUUCUUGCAGCUGCAAAUCCCACUCUAGAGUUUUAUCACUUCAGAGUUCAAGAAUUCACCUCAGUCACACUCGUGUGUAAAUAUGAUGAUGCUGCAUUCCAGUUCUCCUAGCAGGUCAGAUUAUUUUUCAACAAGAAUGCCCUUUUAAUUUGCCUGUGAUCCAGAAUACCCAAUUCGCCAAUACUUUACGAACAUGUGAGUCUGGUCAUUGGUGGAUCUCAUUUCUCACUUCAGAUGAGCGUGACUGACUGGUGGAUUAAGAAAAAAAUAUAUAUAUAUAUAUAUGUGUGUGUGUGUCACGGGAAAUAAAAAAUAUUGCAGAAUAUUUUUAUAUUGUAAAUGCAACCAUGUGCUGUUUCAAUGUUCAUUUUGUUGGGUCCAUGUUUUUCUGAGGAAUAAUCUUUGCUAAAGUUGUUGUCACUGUUUCUAUAUUUCCUUGAGUCUGAGCUACAAGGAUGAAUGGAAUGCAGCUUUAGUUUCAUGUACAGUUAUUCAAUUGUUGCAUAAAUAUAUUAAUAUAUUAAACCUAAGUUAUUACAAAGU